GGGAGUGGAGUUUGGGGUCAGAUUUGGGGAAAUUGAGGCUCAGUGAUGGGAUUUGGGAUGAAAUAUGGAGGAAAAUGAGACACUGAUAUGGAACUGGAGGUCAGGUUUGGGAAAAGGCAGGCACAGAAUGGGGGGUUUGGGAUCAAAUUGGGAGUAAUGUGGCACAGAGCAGAAUUUGGGGCCAUGAGGCCCAGGGGGGUUGAGGGCUGUAGCGAUUAAUUAAUCCAAAGGGUCAUUAAGGGAUGAUUUGUGGGGAUGAGCGGGUGCUCCCAGUGCAGGGAUGGAGAGUGAGUGUGCAAGGGGGAGUGUGAGUGUGUCACAGUGUGAGAGGGUGAGUGUGUGACACUUGUGGGUGCAGAUUCACCCCCUUUAAUCCCAAGGGAGUGGAUGUGUGCAAAGCCAGGUGUGCAAGUGUGCAAAACCACGCAUGAAUGUGCAUAGAACAAACACGCAGCUUGCACAAGCAUGCAUAAGCGUGCACUAAUGCAAAACUGUGCAGAAAGCUUGCAUCAGGUGUGCACAAGUGUGUGGAACUGUGCAAAAUCGUGAACUGUGCAAAAUCGUGCACAAAAAUGUGCACAAUGUGCAAAAACCAUGCAUGAGCUGUGCAGAAAGAGUCUGUUAAUAGGAUGCGCAAUCAUAGAGAUAGCAUGCACAUCUGUGCACAAUCAUGUGCAAAGGAUGCGUGAAUGGAGCGUGCACAAUUGUUCACAAUCAUGGAGUGUGCACCAAGCAUGCAUAGUUGUGCACAACCAUGAACUGAUGUGCAUAAUCGUGUACAGCCAUGCAAAAUUGUGUACAAAGGAUGUGCAAAGCGUGCACCAACCUUGCACAACCAUGCACAACCAUGAAAAUUGUGCACAAAGGACAUGCAAAUCGUGCACCAAGUGUGCACAAUUAUACACAAUGAUGCAAAACGAUGCACAACCAUGCAAAACCACGCACAAAGGAUGUGCAGAGUGUGCACCAAGCAUGCACAAUUGUGGACAAUCAUGAAGAGUCAUGUACAUUCAUGCACAAUUGUGCAAAAUUGUGCACAGUUGACCCACUGACCCACAAAGCAUGCAUCAAGCAUGCAGAACCAUGCAUAAUGAUGCAAAAUCAUGCACAAAGAAUGCACAAAACAUGCAGAAAGCAUGCACAACCACGCAUAAUGUGCACAACCAUGCACAAGAAUGCAAAGUCGCACACAAAGGAUGUGCAAAGUGUGCACUGAGCAUGCACAAUCAUGAAGAAGUGUGCACUAAGUGUGCACAGCCACGCUUAAUAAUGCAAAAUUGUGCACAAAGCGUGCACUGAGCAUGCACAACCAUGCAAAAUCAUGUACACAGAAUGUGCAAAUUGUGCAUUGAGUGCAAGGCACAAAAUGAUGCACAGUCACGCACAGUUGUGCAAAAUUGUGUACAAAGAAUGCACAAAGCACCCACCAAGUGUGCACAACCACACCUAGUGAUGCAAAAUCACACACCAAGCAUGUACCAAGCAUGCACAACCAUGAGAAGGCAUGCGCAACCAUGCACAACCAUGCAAAACCAUGCACCAAGCAUGAGCAACCACACAUAAUGAUGCAAAAUCAUGCACCAAGCAUGCACAACCACGAGGCGUGUACAACCAUGCAAAAUCAUGCACCAAGCAUGCACCAAGCAUGCACAGCUACUCAUAAUGAUGCAAAAUCAUGCACCAAGCAUGCACAACCAUGGGCAAAGGACGUGCAAAGCAUGCACCAAGCACACACAACCAUGAGGAGGUGUGCACAACCAUGCACAACCAUGCAAAAUCAUGCACCAAGCAUGCACCAAGCAUGCACAGCCACACAUAAUGAUGCAAAAUCACGCACCAAGCACGCACAACCACGCACCGCGAUGCCAAAUGGCACCCAGCGCUGCACGGAGCGCUCACAUCGGUGCCCAUCUUCGCUCCCCCCGCCCGCAGGUUGCGACGGCGGCGUGGUGGAGGUGCAGCGCAGCGUGACGGCGGUGCUGGGCCAGGACGCGGUGCUGCCGUGCCGGUACCGGGCGCAGGAGGGGGAGCAGGUGGUGCAGGUGACCUGGUUGAAGCGCAGCGCGUCGGGGCGCAGCGCGGAGGUGGCGGUGCUGGAUCUGCGGCACGGCGAGCACGUGCAGGACGCCUACGUGGGCAGAGUGCGGCGGAGGGGGGACGGGGCGCUGGAGGACGGAGGCAUCGUGCUGCGCAACGCCGUGCAAGGCGACGAGGGGGACUACGAGUGUCACCUCAUCACCUUCCCGCUGGGAAGCUUCGAAGGGAGGGUGGCGCUGAGGGUGUUGGUGCCGCCGCUGCCCAUCCUGAACCCGGGACCGCCGCUGGAGGAGGGGCAGGGCCGGACGCUGGCGGCCUCGUGCACGGCGGAGGGCAACCCGGUGCCCACAGUGCACUGGGAGACAGAGGUGCGCGGCACCAACACCACGCGGCAGUCCCAGCACGACCAUUCGGCCUCCGUCACCAGCGAGUUCUUCGUGGUGCCGGGGCGCAGCAUGAAUGGGAAGAGCCUGACCUGCGUGGUGUCACAUCCGGGGCUGAGCCGCGAGAAGAAGAUCACCCACCAGCUGAGCGUCGCCUAUUUGUCUGAUGCAUCGGUGCUGGGGCACACGGAGGAGUGGGCGGAGGGCAUGGAGGGGGCUGCGCUCACCUGCCUGGGGGACGGCAACCCCCCGCCCACCUACAACUGGACACGGCUCGACGCCCCGCUGCCCGCCGGCGUGCGGGUGAAGGGGGACACGCUGCUCUUCCAGCGCCCGCUCGCCGCCGCCGAUGCCGGGGAUUACGUGUGCCGCGUGGCCAACCGUGUGGCUGCCAAGGAGGCGAGGGCCAACGUCAGCAUCAAGAGCAGGGCGGCAGAGGAUGAGGUGCGGAGGGUGGACCUGGUGUCGGCCUCGGUGGUGGUGGUGGGCGUCAUUGCCGCCGUGCUGCUCUGCGUCCUCGUCAUUGUCGUCGUCGUCAUGACCCUCUAUCACAAGCGCAAGACCAAGCGCAUCUCUGAGAAGUACGAGGAGGAGCUGACGCUCACACGGGAGAACUCCAUCCGCCGUCUGCACUCCAGUCACAGCACCGACACGCGCACCCAGCUGGAGGAGACACUGCAGCUGCGCACGGAGAGCCGGCAGGGCAGCCUGCGUGGGGACAGCCUGCGUGGGGACAGCCUGCGUGGGGACAGUCUGCGUGGCACCAGUAUCUGUUCUGCUAUGAGUGAAGAGGCCGAGGGCCGCAGCUACUCCACCCUCUCUACGGUGCGGGAGAUCGAGACACAGACCGAGGUCCCCGUGUCCCCACUGCUGUCCCCAUCCCUGGAGGGCAAAGAGGUGAAGGAGGAGGAGGAGGACGGUGGGGACAACCCCAUCAAGCAGGCAAUGACGCACUUUGUGCAGGAGAACGGCAUGCUGCAGGCAAGGCCCAGCACUAACGGCAUCUACAUCAAUGGGCGCGGGCACCUGGUGUGAGCGGGGACACGGGGCCGAGGGGGGGGACAUCGACAGACCGCCGUCCCCUCCCUGCCACCCCGGCGUGGUGCUGCUGCAUUCCAUCCCCCAACAUCACCCCUGGUGACGGCGUGAGGUUGGGGACGUGCACUGUGUCAUGGGGACGGGAGUUCGGUCCCCAAAUGCACCACAUCUGGGACGUGUGCUGUGCGCUCUGACCUCACGUGUCACCCACCCCUGGUGCUGGCACGCGGUUGGGGACACGCGCCGUGCCACCAGGAUGGGACUCCGUCCCCAAAUGCCGCCCUUGGUGCUGGUAUCACCUCUGGGAUACGUGCCGUGCACCAGGACUGUCCCCACAAGGCACCCUCGCUGCUGGCACCGGGCUGGGGACAUGCGCAGUGCCACCAGUAAUGGACUCUGUCUCCAAAUGCCACCUCUGGCUGCUCGGGACAAUGUUGGGGACAUGCACUGUGCACCAGGACUCUGUCCCCAAAAUGCCACCUCUGCUGCAUGGCACAGGACUGGGGACAUGCGCUGUGCCACCAGGAUGGGGUCCUGUCCCCACAUGCACUGCAUCUGGGACGCAUGCUGUGCCGCUAGGACUCUGUCCCCAGAUGCCACCUCUGCUGCAUGGCACAGGGAUGAGGACAUGUGCCACGACACCAGGAUGGGGUUCUGUCCCCAAAUGCCACCUGUGCUGCUGGUGUGAGGUUGGAGAUGUACACUUUGCUGGGUUCCUGUCCCCAGGUGCCACCUCUGCUGCUUGGAACAGGGUUGGGGACAUGCUCUGUGCCACCAGGAUGGGGUCCUGUCCCUAGAUGCCACUCUGCUUGGCAUGAGGUUGGGGAUACAUGCUGUGCCACCAGGACUCUGUCCCCAGAUGCCACCUCUGCUGCUUGUUGCAGGUUUGGGGACAUGUACCGUGCCACCAGGAUGGGGUUCUGUCCCCAUAUGUCACCCCUGCUGCAUGGGACAAGGUUGGGGACACGUGCCAUGACCUAGGACAGAGCCCUGUCCCCAAAUGCCACUUCUGCUGCAUAGCACAGAACGGGAGACGUGUGCUGUGCCACCAGGAUAGUGCCCCAUCCCCAAAUACCACCUGUGCUGCUGCCAUGCUGGGGACACGGGGACCCCACGAAUCCCCCCCCACUGCCACUCCCCCUGGUCACAGCGCGGGGUCCCGACUUGGAACGCGCUUCCCCGUGGGGCGCUGCUGUUGUCCCCCCCAUCCUGGGGGUCCAUGCUGUAGAUAGUGCUGCUGUACAUAGGUGUAUAGGACGGGGGUGUCAUUCCCCCCCCCUUCCCUCCCCCAUCACCGUUUCGGAUCUGCGCUGCUCAGCUGUAAAUAAACACCCUGGGAGCGGCGUGCACGGCUCUGUUGGUGCACAUGCGUGUACAAGCACUUCUGGGAGUACAGUGGGUGAGCACGUGCAAAAGUAAAGAACAAUGUGUGAGAGUGUACAAAUGUGUGUGUGUGUGAGAUUGCACAGCUGUGUGAGCAUGCAUGAAGAUGCAUGAGUGUGCAGUGAUGCAUGAGGGAGAGUGAGUGUGCAUGGGGGUGUGCAACCGUGCACAGCUGUGGGUGCGGAGUGAUGCACAAGGAUGCACAAGUUUGCAUGGCCAGAAACAAGGAUGCACAGCCAUGAAGAUGGAUGCAUGACCAUGCACAACUAUGCAGAACCAUGGAAAUUUUGGAUGAAUUUACACAACCGUGGAGGAUGCAUGA